CAAUCAAAAUUGAUUGCACACAUUACGUGGUUAAAGUCAUUAAGAGUUGGUUAUUAUUAUUUAACAGCAGAAACAUGACUUGAUUCUCACAAGUUGAUUGCAAGUGAAACCAUCGGAAGCACAUGAGUGAUAAUAAUAGUUGUUGUUGGGAAGAAAAAUUAUAACCCAAGACAAUUAACAAUUUGAGACUAUGGCCUUCAGGUCUCACCCGUUUCUCCUCUUUGUGUAUUCAAAUCACCAACUUUAAUCUCAUUUUUUUUUCUCUUAUUUUUCUGGUGAACAAUCAACCAUUACAAACGGCUAAACAACAGCAAACACUUAACAUAGGUUAAUGGGGAAGGUAAAAUGACACACAAAGAUAUUUUCUUUUUUUAAAACAGACAAACACUGGCCUGGAAAGAAAGAUCGAUAAGAUAUAUGAAUAUCUCUCUCUCCCUUUCCCUCUUUCCCUAGACAAGAUCCUUUACCACCAUCAUCACCAGUAGCCUUUGACCUCUUCCUACCUAGACUGGACUCACCAUCUGCCAUGAAGAAGCCACCUUGCUAAGUACAACUACUUGUAACCUUAACCGAUAUGCUUCAUGUACCAAAAGCCAUUGUGUCGCCUUCAGGUCAUAGAGACAAAUUCAAAAUGGACACCACAACAUUGGAAGAAAAUAAGAAACUCAAUUACUCCAAUUAAAUUGUAAUCACCAAACGAUCAACUGAGACACUGAAACAAUUAAAUUAAAUUGUUUACAAAGAAACAAAACUAAUCACAAUUAAAUUUAACCAACGAAUACAAAUCAACACCUGACGCCCUCUUUGGUUUGGGAGGGAAUAGAAUAAAAGAGAAAAGAACAAAAAGUGAAAAGAGAAAAAAAAGAAAAAAGAAAGAGCCGAAAAGGAGAGAAAGAGAAACAGAUGAAAAAAUAGACAUUAAAUUUUCUCUCUCACUUGAACAGUUUCUUUUUCUUUUCUCUCUCUCUUUUUUCAUUUAUCUUCCAAUUAAUUAAUUGUCAGUCUUGUUAAACUGUGAUUCUAAUCAUUACUCAAUUCAUGUUAUCCAUUCAAUUGAAUACAAUUAAAAUCCAAAUCUUGUUUUCUUUAAUCAAAGAUCAACAAUUUUAACUUGAUUUUUUUUUCUUCUCCCUCUUAAUCAUCGUCAUCUUGGUUUAAUCAUUAAUCUUCUUGUGUACUAAUUUUUUUGUGUGUGUAACAAUUACAAUUAACCAAUUUUGCUUCAUCAGUUAGAGUUAUUACAACUUCAAGUAAAAUAUAUUUUACUGAUUCUCUAUCAGUACAGUUACUUUAACGGGAUAAUCUCAAUCAACCAUCAAACCUUUUUGUUUGUUAUCACUUUCAUCGUCAUCAUCAUCAUCUUAAAACAAUAUCAACCUAAUUAGGAUAAAUUGUGAUUAAUUUUGUGUCUUCAAUCAAUUAUCUCUUCAAUAAUCUUACCAUGAACGCCCUUCACAAUUAAUUUAUCAACUGUAUUUAGUUGAUUAAUAUUGUUAUUCUAUUCUAUUUAAUUUUUACUAUUACAAAUUCUCUCAAACCUUUUUUUUUGUGUUUGCCUCUCUUUUUUUCUCUCUCACUCUUAUUUCUCUUUCUAACUACCUCUUUCUCUUCUCCCUCUUUGCCUUGAUUCUCUUUCUCUUUCUCUUUCUCUCUCUCUCUCUCUCUCUCUCUCUCUACUAUUCUUGUUUACUUUUUUUCAGAUACAACAACAUUUGAGACCAAAGUUAAUUUUUGUUUCUAUUCUCAGCUUCUUAAAUAAUCAUAAUAAUUAUGUCAAAAGAUUAUGAUCACCUGUUUAAAUUACUAAUCAUCGGAGAUUCAGGUGUUGGUAAAAGUAGCCUUCUACUUCGGUUUGCUGAUGACACCUUCUCUGGCAAUUAUAUAACCACAAUAGGAGUUGAUUUUAAGAUAAAAACAUUAGAAGUAGAUGGACAAAAGAUUAAAUUACAGAUCUGGGACACUGCAGGACAGGAAAGAUUUCGAACCAUUACAGCAACAUAUUAUCGAGGAACUCAUGGAGUUAUAGUUGUGUAUGAUGUUUCAAAUGGAGACACAUUUGCCAAUGUGAAAAGAUGGUUGCAUGAAAUAGAUCAAAAUUGUGAAGAUGUUUGUAGAAUAUUAGUCGGUAACAAAAAUGAUGAUCCUAACCUUAAAUUAGUAUUGACCCAAGAUGCUCAACGGUUCGCUGAUCAAAUGGGAAUCGAGUUAUAUGAGACCUCAGCCAAAGAAAAUGUCAACGUUGAAGAGAUGUUCAUGGCAAUCACUCGAAUGGUAUUAAGAACGAAAAAAGAAAAGGAACAUAGACAACAACAAUCCCAAGAUAAUGCGAUAAGGUUACAAAAAGGCAGUGGUCACAAGGGCAAGAAAAAUAAGUGCUGUUAACCAAAAAAAUCGAACACAAUCAGAAUCAAAGAAGAACCAAAUUGUGAGCCAAAAAAAGAGGAAAAUCAAAUCAAGAGAAACCUUUCCCGUUUUAACUAAACCUUCACCAACGAGAACAACACCAACUUAUAGAAAAUCGAAUGUCCUUUUUUUUCGAUAUGAGAAUUUAAAUAUUUUGAGUCUUCUCCCUCUCUCUCUAUCUCUCCCUGUUUCUCUCUCACUCACAAAAUCUCCUUUUCUACCUUCUUUUUUUUCUUCUUCUCCUCUUCUUGGCUCCCCAAUAGUUGAAUCAAUAUCUAUUUUCACCGAAAAAAACAAAUAAUUUAGCUUAAAGGUGAAUCAAAAGCCAAGUCAACGUGAAGAUUAUAUAAUUAUAAUGAUAAACAGCUCUAGGGUUAAACAAUUUUUUUCCUUUUCUAUUAAACAUCGAUGACUUGUAAACAAUCAGCAAACAAUUAAGAUACAUGAGAAACAUUUUCUCACUGAUGGAUUGCCAACAUUCAUUAUUGUAUCUUUUUAAAUGUAACUUUUCUUAAUCAUUUAAUUUUCUUUCCUCCAAUUA